GAGAUUCGGCGCAGGCGCUUUGGAUGUCGCUGUCACCAAAACGUUUCCCUUCACACUGGAAACUGUCACAAGUGACGUCAAUCAUUGUGCCCCGACCAAUUAAAACGCUUGGCGAUUGUUUAGCUCCACGGGCUGCAGCGCCUACCACGAAUCUCUUUUCAGUGUACCAAAGCGUCCCGCUGCCUCCUCUCAGCCGAAUGGGAUUACAUGCAGGCACCGAGAUAAAAUCAAAACUUCACAAAGUUUUAUUUUUUGUUACAUUUUUAUUACGAUUAAAAUACAUUUGUCAUCAUCAUUAUUAUUUUGCCCGCUGUCAAGUUAUUUUAAAAUUAGGCGUAAUGAGCGUGGAUGCUCCGGGAUGCCCAAUGAUGGACCCCGCGUUUUCCAAACGGAACACGGCGCUGAGAUUAGUUGACUUGGCAGGGGCUCACCACCAUCACCAUCAUCACCACCAUACCCCUCAGUGCGUGACAGGCUUCCCGGGGCUCAACAGCUAUGCACACUCAAUGGCUCACACGCACCCUGGGGAGAUUACUACAGAACCCUGCCUGGGGCCGAGUCCAUUCGGGCCAGAACACAUGGGGUACACCGCGGCCCUCAAAAUCAGCCCAGCCCAUCAUUAUCCCCACCACCAUCACCACUACAAUCAUCAUAUGGCAGGCCACAGCGAAGUGGUCUCCAGUCAAACGGGAGCCUUCGGUCCGGCGCAGCCUGCGGCACUCCCAUACUCAAAGUCCUGUACGACCCACGUGCUGUCGGCAGGUAGGGACUUCCUAUUUGGAAGAGAUCUGAAAGCGCAAGGCAUUCCGGGUGUCGCCGACCACACGACCGGUGCAGCUUCUCACCACGGAAUGUUUGUUUCAACAACAGGUAGCUAUCCUGGGCACUAUGGUCAUCACCCCGACGCCGCAACUCAUACACUGUUCGCCGGACUCCAUCACGAACAAGCACCUAACGGGGCUCCAGGUGGCCAGACACUCAAUGGACAAUUAAGGUUAGGAAUACCUGGAGAAAUGUACGUUAGGUCUGGUCACUUGGCAGUUUCAAGUCAAGUGGCAGUUUCAAGGGCUGAUCCGUUUGCUACUUCACCGUUGCAUAGUUACAGCGGUAUAAAUCUCAACAUGAACGUAAGCGCACACCACGGACCUGGUGCCUUUUUCCGUUACAUGAGGCAGCCGAUCAAACAAGAACUAAUCUGCAAGUGGAUGGAGCCGGAGCACGCUGCAAAAAAACUUUGCUCUAAAACGUACAGCACCAUGCACGAGCUGGUUACGCACGUUACGGUGGAGCACGUUGGUGGACCGGAGCAAGCGAAUCAUAUCUGCUUUUGGGAAGAGUGUCCCCGCGAAGGGAAAUCUUUUAAAGCCAAAUACAAACUUGUGAACCAUAUCAGAGUACACACCGGCGAGAAGCCCUUUCCAUGCCCAUUCCCAGGCUGCGGCAAAGUAUUUGCAAGGUCUGAAAAUCUUAAGAUCCACAAAAGGACACACACAGGUGAGAAGCCUUUUAAAUGCGAGUUCGAUGGAUGCGAUAGACGUUUUGCUAACAGCAGUGACCGAAAGAAGCACUCGCACGUGCACACCAGCGAUAAGCCCUACAACUGUAAAGUGAGGGGCUGUGACAAAUCCUACACGCACCCGAGCUCCCUGAGAAAACACAUGAAAGUGCACUGCAAGUCUCCACCUCCAAGUUCGGGCUACGAAUCUUCGACUACUUCGCUAGUUUCUCCUUCGUCGGACUUCGGUAGAGAACCAGGCUCCUCUACUCUCUCUGAACCUCUAUCUUCUUCACAAGCGGCCAAUUUAAGUGAGUGGUAUGUUUGUCACAGUUCGGGAGCGAGCGGUACCCAGACCCCUCCCAGCAACUCGUCGUCGCCAGACCCAGAUGAUGGCCCUCCUUACGGAAAUCCCGAGCCAAGUGAAGCGUUGUAGUCCCUGGGAAAUCGCUCAAUAUUUCACUGAAAGAAAUAUCAAUGAACCGCUAAGGUUUCAUUUCAAGGUAGCCUACGUAUGUAAUACACUGCACCGGUACGUAAACAAACAAUGCACACCUACAGAAUUGUGGAACUGUUGUUUAUUACUUGGCCGAAAAUAAAAUAGUAUGCCUUAAUCAAGACAUAUUAUAUAAUAUGCCUUAUGAUUUUGCUCUGAAUAAGCAUGUUUCUGAAUUUUAUGUACAUUGUUUUUCGGUAUCACCUUAAUUUAUUUAUAAACUUGAUAUGAACAUUUUGUAUUAUUGAACCAAAGUGUUGAAAUUCAGAUUGCUGUAUAUUUGUAAAAAGGUAAUGUUUUCACGUGCAGGUGUUGAUAGAAGGUUGUUCAAUUUAGUAUUUGGAGAAAAUAUUUUUAUCGUUUGCUACCGGUUUGUAUAUUCAUAGUAAAACAUUCGAAAUUAAAGUUUCAUAAAAUUCUGUCAAUUGGCAAGACCUCCAUUUUGUCAGUGGUAUAGUUCGUAGUGUGAAUACAUUCUCUGUUAUCACAGUUGGUGUGGAAUUUGUGAUUUUGUAAGUCACUUGUUUAUAAUACAUUUUACCAUGGGCAUUUAGAUUAUUUAAGAGAAUCCUUGGAAUGUGUACCAAACUGCCUUGUAUUUUGUCCGUAUUUUGAAUAAAUCGUGUAUGAUUGUAUUGUUUAAACCAAAAAAGCUGUCUUAAUGAAAAAAAUCCUGCUGGGAGUAAUCGAAACGACCUAAUCAUAUCGUUUUACAACUAAAAAGCAAGACUUCUCAUGUUAAUAUCAAUGAUAUCCAUCCAAGUCAUUUUUAAAUCUUUUUAGUUGCAGUUUAAUAAUUGCAUAUAGAUAACACGUGAAACAAUGUAACAACGAAAUCUGUUCUUAAAGACUUCAGAAAGAGAUAUACAAUGCAUUAGUCGUUGAAAUAAGGUUGCGCUAAUACUCUCAAGAGAAAUCUGCAACAAUGAAUAAGCACUGUAAACUAAUAUUAUGCUCUUCAUCAGAAUCAGCAGAAUUAAUUAGACUAAGACUGCGUUCUCUUUUUAUAUAUUUCCAGUUUUUACAUAUGCACAUGUGUAAAAUGGGUUUUUAAAAGGCCCCGUUUCUUUUCAGAGAACUUCCCACAUUCUCUCAAGGUAAUCUGUGCAGAGACGGAUAAAAGGCUUAAAUAUUCUCAUGUAGACUUCAAAGAUUAUUUUAUACAAAGAACUAUUUUCCCCACAUCGGUGAAUCUUCAUGGUGCGUUAAGAUUUCAAUAGCAAUAGGCGAGUCAAACUCAAAUAAUAAGCGAUUGAGCCUGAAAACAGCGACGCGUUCUCAAAGAAAUAUCUUAUGUUAUACUUCCAUGCAAAUAUGUGUUUUUUUGUUGAAAAUUCUGACCGAUAUAUUUCUACGUCACUAUAAAUAAGUUCUGUCGAGGUGAUAAAAAGUACGGUGUGAAUGUUACAAAGGCCCGUAAGAUUUGUUUGGCCUCUGUGUUUAAAUCAACAUAAGAAAAAAUCAAUUGGGAAAAAAAACAGGUGAGACGAUAUGAAAAAUAACCGGACAAAAAUUCGUUGAGGGAGACACAGUUAAUUCUACAGUCCCAAUGUGCCAUGUGGGCCAAGAAAACACUGUAUAAAAAUUUCUGUACAUAUACGUAUGAGUUUUGUCUAGCUGGGCGUUAUUCUGGUAAGUACUUUCAGGAAUAUAUUAAAUCUAGACUGAUUCAGCCUCGAUUACCAUAAGAAUGCCUGUCCAUCUUCUAUUCGCAUACAUGAAUAUUUUUUAUAAUUAAACAUUUAAUUGUAAUUCAUGAUUUAUAUUUUUAAUCAUUGUUGAACGCGACACUUCGUAUUCUUUAUUUUGAGAGACAAAGGGGAUUGAUACGUCCCGGCGCCUGUGGAUGGCUGCCUUGGGCUCUGAUGCGUUUUGAGUUUGUCUUUAUGUAAUUGCCUUGUUGUUUACUCUGUCCAAGUGUCCUAAUGAAUAGGAAAAAAAUAAACAACGCAAAAAUAACCAACCAGCUGAUUCCUCUUCAGUGCUGGUCCUUGUGCACGAAUGAAAUGGAUACCUCGGUCUCAAUUGAAGUGAGGCGCCUUUGAAGGGGAGGCCUCUGUCUGAGGGAUUCUUGCGUGUUGUCUAAACGACGCUGAUGACACGGAAAGCGGGCUUUGUCACCGAUUUGUUCUCUUCCUCUUUGUUGAGAUG